AUGGCAUCUGCUUUCACUCUCGCUACAAAGAAGCCUCUUGCUGCCAAUAACCUUCGCACACGUCUUGCCUCUCGAAAAGUCUGGACUCGUCUUGCUUCGUCAAAGACCAGUCCAUCGACAGCAUACACCGCAGUCACUCAUGCAGAGUCGCCUGAAUCGCUUCCAGAAAGCGUCUCGCAAGACGUUUCACGUGCACAGCACGUCCUCCUCGGCGUCUACGCUCGGCCUCCACUCAUUCUAGCGCGGGGUUCAGGGAUGAACGUUUGGGACACACAAGGACGCAAAUACCUCGACUUCACAGCUGGCGUAGCUGUCAACGCUCUCGGACACGCAGACCCGGAGUUCGUGAAAGCUAUGGCAACGCAAGCUGCGACGAUCUCGCAUUCUUCGAACGUGUUCUAUAAUCCGUGGGCGACGGAACUUGCGGAACUGCUCAUACGACUAACUCAGCGUGAAGGCGGACUAGGGUUCGCUCCAAAUCCAGGUCUAAACUCAAACUCGGGGUCGAGCUCACAAAGCGGUGCAAAAGUAUUCUUCGCCAACUCUGGUACAGAAUCGAACGAAGGCGCGUUCAAAAUCGUUCGGAAAGUAGGCAAGGAGCGGUGGGCGGCUAAACACGCACGUCAAUGGUCCGAUCCGUCGUGUAACAAGUUCCGCAUAGCUUGCUUCGAGCAUAGCUUCCACGGACGUAGUCUUGGGAGUCUUAGUGCGACGAAUAACCCGAAGUACCAGAAGCCGUUUGCACCUUUAGUGCCUGGUUUCGAUGUAGGCAAGGUGAAUGACGUUGAUAGCUUGAAAGGUCUGGUGACAGAGGAGACGUGCGCUGUUAUUGUUGAGCCUAUACAGGGUGAAGGUGGGAUUUUCGUUGUUGAGGAGAGUUGGCUGCGAGCUCUGAGGAAACGGUGUGAUGAGGUUGGCGCGGUACUCAUAUUUGACGAAAUUCAGUGUGGACUGUAUAGGACUGGAAAGAUAUGGGCACAUUCAUCCCUCCCAAUAGACUGUCAUCCCGACAUCGUAACAAUGGCAAAACCACUUGCAAACGGAUUCCCAAUAGGCGCCAUAAUGAUGCGUGACGAAAUCGCAGAAUGCAUGACUCCAGGCACACACGGAACGACGUUCGGCGGCUCCCCACUAGCCUGUUCACUCGGACACCACGUCCUUUCCCGUCUCUCCGCACCGUCCUUCACCGCUUCUAUCAAUGACGUCUCGGCGCACUUCCGUUCACGACUCUCAUCGUUCCCGCAAUGGUUCCCUGAGAUCAUUAGUAACGAAGGCAUUCGUGGACGCGGACUCAUGCUCGGUUUACCUUUUACUCAACACUCGCGCGAACAUAACAAAGGACCGGGCGAGUUGGCUAGGAUGAGUCGAGAGCGUGGGCUACUUGUACUUACUGCUGGUUCGGACGCGGUGAGGCUUGUUCCGAGCUUGACUGUGAAGAAGGAGGAAGUGGAUUUGGCGGUGGACGUUAUGGAGAGCGUACUUGUGGAAUUGCAAAAACGGUGA